UACUCAUAGUGCCAUACAUACCCUCCUAUCAUAUCUGCAGAAGCAUUUGUGUUCCUUGCAGACUUGUGAAGAAUUUGAUUGGUGAGCUUCACAUAACUUCACUCACUCUCUGUUUUGUUAUCAUUGGAGAGACUUUUGAUCCGAGAGCAGACCCUCAUUCAAAACCUUCACCUUUUGUCAGAAGUAGAACUCAGCAUACCUGUGUAGGUACACUGGAGCUUUGUUUCAUAUCAACAGAUACAGUUGUAUUUCUAGCAGACUUGUCAGCAGUUCGGAAACUUCUCUUUCUUUUGUGUGAAAAACAACAAGAGCUGACCAUCAACUUUUGUCAGAAGAAUAAAUCAGUUUACCUGUAGGAGGAAGCAGACGAAUUGAUUCUUCCAUAAGAGAGGAUUUAAAUGGCUGCCUGUUUGUGUAGAAGAACCAGGGGUUAACAAGUCAAAGUAUUCUAUUUCACUAAUAAUUUCAAGUAGUUUGGAUAUUUUUAGCCUGAAGAGUUGCUUCUACCUGGAUUAAGUUUCACUCAAUUCCUCUUUGUUGCUUGUCUUACAGCGUGCGGGGAGUUCCUGCUGUAGUGUGCGUAUUAAGAUAACUAACUACAAGCCCAGUUGAAAAAUUUCAACGAUAAUUUAUUAGUGUUCCUUGUUUGUUCAAGAUAGCAGGUUGUGUAGGUUAUAAUACCUUGGAUUAUAAUUUAUUAGGGAGAGUGGAUAGAUAGUAGAUAUAUCACAGUGCUUAUAAAUUUUUACACAGGAAAGGAGGUAGUUAGCAGAGCUUAUAAUGUUCACAAUCAAUUUGCCGAAGUUCGGCGAUGAAGCCGUUGAUUCGUUCUUUAGUGGUGAUGGUGGCACCAGUUUUGGUGGCUCGUCAUUUGGAGGAGGAGGAGGAAGAAGUGGCGGUAAGACGACAGUUAUCCGAACGACCUACGGAGGAGGUGGAGAUCCAACGGUCACCCGAACGACCUACGGAGGUGGCGAGCCAUCAUACGGGGGUGGAACCUCAAGGUAUGGAGAUAGUACCCCAAGCUAUGGAGGGGGCAGCUCAAGAUAUGGGGAUAAUACCCCAAGCUAUGGAGGAGGCAGCUCAAGAUAUGGUGAUAACACCCCAAGCUAUGGUGGGGGCAGCUCAAGAUACGGAGGGGGCAGUCCAAGAUAUGGAGGGGGUGGCUCAAAAUAUGGAACUGGAGGCUCGUCCAGUGGUGACGGAGGUACUGCACCAGCUACUGGCUCCCGUCGGAGCCGUUAUGGCAACAAAAGCGUAAAAGGAGACACAAAUCGCGACAUCGGUAUUGGAGGCAGAAGUUGCAACAGUUCUCGAAGUGAUCCCUUUGGUCAGGUUUACAACCAGAAAUAUUCUGAGAUCAAACAAAGAUGUCGGCAGCGGGGAGCAUUAUUUGAGGAUGAUGAGUUUCCAGCUAUUGAUAAUAACAUUUAUUUCACGCAGAAAACCAGGCGGUUUGAAUGGAAACGACCAGGUGAGAUCUGUGAUGACCCACAAUGGAUUUCUUCAGGUGCCAGUCGAUUUGAUGUCCGGCAAGGAGAACUUGGUGAUUGUUGGUUAUUGGCUGCUGUGGCCUCCCUGACGUGUAGCGAGGCUCUCUUCGCUAAAGUAGUUCCAAUGGAUCAGGAUUUUACGACUGAUUAUUGCGGUAUAUUUAAAUUUAACUUCUGGCAUCAAGGUGAAUGGGUUGAAGUUGUGGUGGAUGAUCGUCUUCCUACGUACAAUGGACAACUAGUAUUCAUGCACUCCACAGAGAAAAAUGAAUUCUGGAGUGCUCUUUUGGAAAAGGCUUAUGCCAAGUUGAAUGGAUCAUAUGAAUCUUUGAAAGGAGGAAGUACCUCGGAAGCUAUGGAGGAUUUUACUGGAGGUGUUACAGAAAUGUUUGACCUACGUAAAGCUCCAGCAGACCUUCAGAAGAUUAUGUUAAAAGCUGUUGAUAUGAACUCUCUUAUGGGUUGUUCUAUUGAUGCUGAUCCCAACCAGUUAGAAGCUGAAUUAGAGAAUGGAUUGAUUAUGGGACAUGCCUACAGUGUUACAGCUGUUAAAUUGGUUGACAUAACAACAUCGAGAGUAUCAGGUGAAAUCUGUAUGGUGAGAGUACGUAACCCAUGGGGUAAUGAAGCAGAAUGGAAGGGGGCUUGGAGUGAUCAGUCUGAUGAAUGGAAUCUCAUUUCUGAGGAAGAGAAACAAGAAAUUGGUCUAACGUUUGAUGAUGAUGGAGAAUUCUGGAUGUCAUUUAGAGAUUUCAUCAGUAAUUUUGAGAAACUAGAGAUUUGUAACCUUGGACCUGAUUCCAUGCAUGGUGAACCUGGUGAAGGACAAAAGAAAUGUUUCAGUGCCAUAUCAGAACACGGUGGCUGGACGAGACGUGUCAAUGCUGGUGGUUGUAGAAAUUAUUUAGAUACGUUUUGGACAAAUCCCCAAUAUCGUGUGACAUUGACGGAUGCGGAUGAUGAUGAUGAAGAUAAUAACUGUACAAUGAUCGUAGCCUUAUUACAGAAAGACAGACGAAAGAAACGAAAAGAAGGAUUGGAUUUAUUGACGAUUGGUUACGUUAUUUAUAAUUUGAAAGAAGGUGAAAGUCAAGGUCCUUUAGAUGUCAACUUCUUCAAAUAUAACGCAUCAUGUGCUAAAUCUCCUUCUUUUAUUAAUCUACGAGAAAUGUGUGGUCGUCAUCGGUUACCUCCAGGAACAUAUGCAAUUGUUCCAUCCACAUUUGAGCCUUCAGAAGAAGGAAACUUCUUGUUACGUAUAUUCACAGAAAAGGACUUUCAAGGAGGAGAAAUUGAUGAACAGACCUCAUACAAUGAUGAACAGCGUAGAAGAAGAGAAGCCGAACCCAUUCCAGAACCAGUACAGCCAUUACCCGUAUUGAUGAAAAAUCAGGCUAAUAAAAUUAUGUUUUGUUCACCAAAGAAGCCUGGCAGAGGAGGCAGACCUGAUGUCGCACCACCAUCUGAUGAAGAACAACAACAAGAGGAAGCCCUUAAAAAUACGUUUAGACGUGUUGCCGGGGAAGAUAUGGAAAUUGACGCUUAUGAACUCAAGGAUAUUCUUAACUCUGUCUUCACUAGAGAGGGCUGUUUUGAAUUUACCUUCGAUGGAUUUGCAACUGAUAUUUGUCGCAGUAUGGUUGCCAUGAAUGAUGGUGAUUUAUCUGGUAAACUCGGUUAUGAAGAAUUUAAAGAUUUAUGGACAGAUUUGAGAAGAUGGAAGAGAGUCUUCAAGGAAUUUGAUCACGACGCCAGUGGAACAUUGAAUUCAUAUGAAUUAAGAAAGGCUCUCAAUUCAGUUGGUUUUAAAUUGAGUAAUUCUACCUUCCACUCGGUUGUUAUGCGUUACAGUAAUUCGGAUGGUAUUGUUGAUUUUGGUGACUUUGUUGUUUGUGCCAUCAGAUUGAAAACUAUGCUCACUUCAUUCAAGAUGGCCGAUCAUGAGAAUAAGGGAAUUGCAUCAUUUGAUAUUGAUAAUUUCAUUCAGACAACAAUGUAUUCUUAAAUCUAGCAUUUCAUUCAGAAGAGGAAGAAGGCAACUACGAUGACUAUUUAUAAAACCACAUCAAAAACCCCAACUAUUAUAUAAAUAACCCAAACAACUUUAUUAUUCAUAAUAUUUUAUUGGUUUUUACCACUGUUAAAUGUUUGUUAAAAUUUCAAGUUACUGCUGUUUUUAUUUGUAACUAGAUUUAAGGAAAAACAUAUUAUUUUACUGAGUUAGCGCAACCGAUGUUGUGCUUGACCCUUCUCGUAGAUUCAUCAUUGAAUCGAGUGAUUCUUUCAAUCAUGGAGAGUUUGUUAAGCAAACAGUUGUCUGGGAAAAUCAUAUUAAUAGCAAAUAAAAUUAGUUAAGAAAGGUAAUUUUGACCUUUAAUAAAACAAAUAUGUUUGCAUGAAAGCUAAAAAAUUUCCCAUCAGCAAAGAAAUGUGUGUUUAUAGUGAAUAAAAUCAAUGAAUGACCUUGGAGAGGAAAAAUAUUUUUUCAUUAUUUUUUAAAAAAUAACCAUGAAGAAAAAUCAGAUUUUUGGAAAAUGGUGAUUUGAGCUUUGAUGACCUCUUAGAAAAUUUUUGUGGAUGAUAUUAAAACAAAUAUCCAUAAAGAAGAAAUAGGAAUAUGUGCUUAUUAAGUAGAAAAAAAGGGAUUUUAUUUUUCUUUACUAAGGGUAGUUUUGUACACUGUUUCUAUUACCGGUAUAUUCAUUUGUAUAACUAAUAAUUUGAAUCUCACACUGUAUCUUGAUAGUAUCCAUGGUAACUUAACUAUUUAGAUUAUGCUAAUGAGCUUCAGACCAACCAUGUUUUUAUGUUAGAUUUUUAUUUGAAAAAAAACAACAUUUUGUAAAUAUAAUUACAAAAUGAAAUAUCUUUCUGAACAUAUUGUGGCCUCGCUAAAUUUGUCGGAAACUGCAAUCACUAAUGUGCUUCUACCGGCCAUUUGUCUUGCCUGUGAUAAAAAAUAUUUCAUGAAAUAAUAGAUAAUAAUGGUAGGCCUACAUGCUAUCAUGCUAAAUUUAUGUUGUAAUAUAUCAUUUUUUCUACGAUUUUCCAUGAACUUUUAUAUUAUUAACUUCCUGUUAUAUUUAAAUGAACUAUGCAGUAUAAUGUUGUUGGAAUCAUUGUUCUUUUGUUUAUGCGGGUAAAAAGUGUCUACACUACUUUCACUUUAGGCCAAGCCAAUUUAAUGUAAUGUUUUGUUUACUGUUACAAGACCUAACUAUUUGAAACUAAAAACCUUUGAAAGGAAGCAAAAUUUUAAUAUGUUUACAUGACUGAUAUAAAUUAAAAUUAGUGUAGCCUAAAAUUGUUGCCAUAAUGUACAAACACAAAAAUAGAGAAACCGUGAGGGAGUAAUGUAGUUCCUCCCUGUUGUGAAUCGACCCCUUGAGAAGCUACCAUCAUAUCACAAUAUGUACUCAAGAGUCUAAAGAUAAUAUGGUCUUUAUGAUAGGGGCACCUGCUACAGUGCACAAACACACACAUAUACAUCAGUUUGUUAAUUUGAGAUUAGUUAUUAAAUAUUUUGUUUUUGUAUGAUCAAUUCUAUAUAAUAUUGCAAUAUGUAAACUAUGAAAGAUAUAAUAUAUUCAAAUAUUUAUUCAUGUUCCCUCGUCUUGUUUUAGAUUUUUUGUUUAUAGAGAAAGUUGUUUUUUUUUUUUAGACCUAUUUAAAUUUAAUAAUACAUAAUAACCAUUUAUACAAAUUGUUAAAACUUUAAAUUCACCAGACUCAACCAAAUUAUUUCUGUCUAAAAUUUGGUGCAUUAUCUCGUCAAUUUUAUAUGAAUCUCUGGGGACUAAUGCUGUUAAAGACAAUAUGUUCGUGGUUAUGGGUACUUGUCAUAAUCUGAAUCAUUUGGUGGUUAUUUUGGGGGCCUUAUUCACGAAAUCAUAAACUAAAAUAUUUGAACAAUUCAACAUUUUCAUUGGCUAAGAAUAAAAAUCCUUGUACAAAUUUUAGCUUGUAACCAAUGAAAAGACAUCAUUCUUAUAAUAUUUUAGUUGAAAAUUUUCUGAAUAAGGCCCGAGGAAAUGAAGUUGUGAAAAUAAAUAACUUAAAUAUGGGUCAGAUGGAUCUGAUCUGCUCUGAUUGGUUAAAAAAGUGUUUUAUGGGGUUCAAAUUUCAGCCAAUCAGUUAGAGCUUAUACAUCAGUCUUGUUAAACCAGUUAUCAAAUUGAUAUAAAAAGCUGAAAUCAGGUUGUCUUGAACUCUCGUCUGCGAUAUCACCCUAGGUAGAAGCCGAUGUUAAACCCUAUAAACGAGCGUACUCUUGAAUGUUUUAGGCUGCAAUAUCGACAUUAGGAGGAUUCAGACAUAAAGUGAAUUACUAAGUUUCUAACAAGUUAUAUUAUUGUUAAAUUGCCCCUAUAUUGUACGUAGUGUUGUAGAAAUAAAAAAAAACUUGGUAGAUUUCUCACCAAUUUUAUUAAUGUUUAUAUGUUUUGCUAUUGCUAAACAUAUUUGUGUCAUUUUUUUUUUUUGUCAACUUUUACUUUCAGUGAAAAUAAAACUGGAUUAUAAAGGA